AUGGCGCCGAUCCUCACCACCAACCCAAGUGUAACGCUCACCCCAGAGCCACUGACACCAAUGAACUUCGCACCAUUCGGCACAGCACUCGUCUCCCCCUUACCACGCGCACUGAGCGUCGCCCCUCAACUAUCCUCUCUACCCCCCAACAACCCAACACCGGUGCUAGCAAACCAAAACUCCGCACUGAAGUACAGCCCCAUCUCCCCGCUCCUCGACCGCUACACAAAUGGCUGCCCAAGCGGUCAACCCGCCGAAGCGCGCAUGACUAUGUUCUGUUGCUUCCCGCGCAAAUUGCGCACUAUCCAUGCGGGUCGGCAGCAGGCUCAGCCUGACCAGGAAGUUUUCGAUGUGCGUAUUCUUGAGCGUCACCCGUUUACGAACCAAACGUUUAUUCCGGUUGAUUUGUCGAGUCAUGAGAAGGUUGGCGAGGAGGGUGAGGAUGAGCCGUUGUUUUUGGUUGUUGUUGCGCCCACUUUGAAGGGGAAGACUGCCACGGCGAAGAAUGAGGCUGGGGAGGUGGUUACUAUUCGUGAUCCGCCAGAUUUGGAGAAUGUUAAGGCUUUUGUUGCGCGUGGUGGUCAGGCUGUUACUUAUGGUGUUGGGACGUGGCAUGCGCCUAUGGUUGUUUUAGGGAAGAGACGGGUUGAUUUUGUUGUUGUACAGUUUGUUAAUGGGGUUGGGGAUGAGGAUUGUCAGGAGGCUGCGUUUGGGGAGGGCGUUGUUGUUAAGCUUGGGAAGAAGGGUCAGCUUGGUCGGGCUGAGAAGGGUCCGGCGAAGUUGUGGUCUAAGCUGUGA